GCGGAGGGGGCGGCGGCAGCGGCGGCGAACAAAGAGGCGGCGGGCGCGGGCGGCCGAGCGGAGCCGAGCGGAGCCGAGCCGGGCCGAGCCGGGCCAAGCCGGGCCGUGCCGGGGCCCACUGUAGCAGGCGCGAUGCGGUCAGCGGAGCAGGGGUCGGCGGGUCCCUGAGCCCCGUGCACCGGGCGACGAGGGGAGCCCGGCGCAGCGCCCGCGGCCUCCCGCCAUGGCCGGGGUCAGCUACGCGGCGCCCUGGUGGGUGAGCCUCCUGCACCGGCUGCCGCACUUCGACCUGCGGUGGGAGGCCACCAGCAGCCAGUUCCGGCCCGAGGACGCCGACUACCAGCAGGCGCUGCUGCUGCUGGGGGCCGCCGCCCUGGCCUGCCUGGCCCUGGACCUCCUCUUCCUGCUCUUCUAUUCCUUCUGGCUGUGCUGCCGGCGGAGGAAGACCGACGAGCACCUGGACGCUGACUGCUGCUGCACGGCCUGGUGCGUCAUCAUCGCCACGCUGGUCUGCAGCGCUGGCAUCGCAGUGGGCUUCUACGGCAACGGGGAGACCAGCGAUGGCGUUCAUCGAGCCACCUACUCCCUCCGCCAUGCCAACCGCACAGUGGCAGGGGUCCAGGACCGCGUGUGGGACACGGCCGCGGCCCUGAACCGCACAGCGGAGCCAAACCUGCAGAGCCUGGAGAGGCAGCUGGCCGGGCGGCAGGAGCCACUCAGGGCUGUGCAGCGGCUGCAGAGCCUGCUGGGGACACUGCUGGGCUACACCGCUGCCAUCCCCUUUUGGAGGAACCCCGGGGUAUCGCUGGAAGUGCUGGCUGAACAGGUGGACCUCUAUGACUGGUACAGGUGGCUGGGGUACCUGGGCCUGCUGUUGCUUGACGUCAUCAUCUGCCUGCUGGUGUUGGUGGGCCUCAUCCGCAGCUCCAAGGGUAUCCUGGUUGGGGUCUGCUUGCUGGGUGUCCUGGCCCUGGUCAUCAGCUGGGGUGCUCUGGGCUUGGAGCUGGCCGUGUCUGUGGGCUCCAGUGACUUCUGUGUAGACCCUGACACCUUUGUGACCAAGAUGGUGGAGGAGCACUCGGUACUGAGUGGGGAGAUUUUGCAAUACUACUUGGCUUGCUCGCCCCGUGCCACCAACCCCUUCCAGCAGAAGCUGUCCGGCAGCCACAAGGCUCUGGUAGAAAUGCAGGAUGUCGUGGCCGAGCUGCUGAGGACUGUCCCGAGGGAGCACCCAGCCACCAAGGAUCCUUUGCUCCGGGUCCAGGAGGUGCUCAAUGGCACGGAAGUGAAUCUCCAGCACCUUACCGCCCUGGUGGACUGCCGGAGCUUGCACCUGGACUAUGUCCAGGCGCUGACAGGCUUCUGCUAUGAUGGUGUUGAGGGCCUCAUCUACCUGGCCCUCUUUUCCUUCGUCACAGCCCUCAUGUUCAGCUCCAUCGUCUGCAGCGUUCCACAUACCUGGCAACAGAAGAGAGGCCCAGAUGAGGAUGGGGAAGAGGAAACUGCCCCGGGCCCACGGCAGGCACACGACAGCCUUUACCGCGUGCACAUGCCCAGUUUGUACAGCUGCGGAAGCAGCUACGGCAGUGAGGCCAGCAUCCCAGCCGCCGCCCACACCGUCAGCAAUGCCCCAGUCACCGAGUACAUGAGCCAGAAUGCCAAUUUCCAGAAUCCCCGCUGUGAGAACACUCCCCUCAUUGGGCGCGAGUCCCCACCGCCCUCACGCUACCUGGCUGCCCUGGACUCUGGCAGCCAUGCAGGCUGGCAAUUUAAACCCAUGGACAGCGCCCGAACACUGUGGUAGCUGUACCCUCAGAGUGACAGUACACCUCCAGCAUGAGAGCCAAAUACCUCGCCACGAGCCAGCCUCGCCCCGACUCCAGCGGCAGCGGGCACUAGGCCGCACACCGACCAGCCAUCUGCCCCCACGUGCCAAUUGCCCCACCCUUCCUCCGCCAGCACUGCUGCUUCCGCCCCGCCGGACCCUCUGCAAGCCACACCGGGCCAGCCCUAGGCACAUCUGAUGGCCCCGCUAUCCCCACCCUGCAGGAGGCAUGGAGGUGCCCAGCAUGAGCUCCGGGCCAGCCUGAGGAGUGAGGCUUCUGGGGCUGGUGGAGACACUGCCACCAGCAACCCGGCCCUGCCUGCCUCCGUCUCCCUGUCCGCCCGUUCUCCUGGGUUCUGAGUCCUGCUGUGCCAGGUGCUCCCGCCCCACCUUCCUUCCACAGGUGACCCUCCACGCUGCCCCUUGCACUCUGGGCGCUGCCUUCCCUCCAGCUGCACCGAGCCUUUCGUGGUAUUGCCCUGGCCCCUGCCUCCUCUGAGGAUCACUUCUCCGUUCCUAGGCAGUGGAAGCGCCUGUGCCUGACACCUGCCCGCUCCUCACCAACGGCCCCUUCACACUCUCUAGUCUUUGCAACGCCCAGCGCCUGCCUUCUCUUAUCCACCUGGCUUACUUGGCCUUUCCUGUCAGUUCUGCGCUGCCUCCAGGGUGGGGCUCUUCCUACCCUCCUGCCCAUGUGACUCCUUCUCCGGACAGCAGGUGCCAUGCAGAGCCCAGGUUACUCCCUGGCCUCUCAGUGUUGGCCACCUUCUUGGUGCCAAACCCUCCUUCCCAAUCAUCCCUAGAGAGCGGCAGCUUUGUCCCGUUUGGUUUUUUUUGCACUGACCACAUUUGUCAUCUCCAGGGCAGUCUGGGACACAGGCGAAGCAGGGCGCUGCCCACUGCCACCCCUUCUUAGCUCCCUUUUCGCCAGGACAAGCGGCGGUGCCCUCUGGAGCCCAACCUUGGGGGCUGGGCCUGGGGUGGCUGGGAAUGUGCCCCCAGCCUCAGAAUGCCCCUGUUGGGACUAACCACUAACCUCACUCUCAGCUGCCACGGGCACUCCUGGCUGACCCUGAGCCAGCAAGCGGUGACCCUCCGUCUAGCCUGGAGCCGGGGCUAGGAUGGUCAUUUCUUUGUGGGGUGCUGCCAGGGAGGGGCCAGACCCACAGGCAACUCAAAGGGCCUAGAGACCCCUCCCCAGGCAGGUGCUGCCCCCGGAGGAGCGUGUCCUGGGGACCAGGGACUGAGGUCCAUGUGGCCUCAGUUGUCUCCCGAACCAACCCCAGAACACCGCUUGCCUAAGGUGCUUUUGGCUUUAGUGUGUGAUGUUUGCUGUGCUUCCUGCUGUGAGGGGCCUAGUCGGCUCCCAAGUCAGCACUCAGAGCCUCUAGCCUGGCCCGGCCAGCCAGCGUGAGCUCUGAUCUGUGGGACGGGCAGCUACCUGACCGGGGCCUUGGAGCAUGCUCGGGGGCCAAGGCUGGGCCCUGUGGCAGUUGGUUUACAGACCUGUGGUCCUCCUGGAGCAGCCUGGCAGCUAUGGAUCCCAGAACCCCGGGCUUCGGCUCUUCCCAGAGGGGAGAGACUCCACGUUGCUUUCUUUCUCAAACAACCCUUUCUUUGUGCUGGUGUCUGGGACCAAAAGGAAUGGGCAGAGGACUCACAGGGCUUUAGGGUCCCAGUCUGGGCAUCUGUAGCUCCUGAGCGUGACAGAACCUCAGCAGAGGGGACCCCAUCCUUGGCUCCAACUGGCCUGGGGCCUGGAACCUACAGGGCCAUGGAGGCCCAGCUGAGCCAGUCUGCCGUGUGCACGCUCCUGGCCUUGGGUCCAGAGGGAGGCAUGGGGCACCCCGUCUGGGCUGUGUGUGCCCUGGGGCCUCUCAGAAGCACAAAUGCUGUCCCCCUGGCCACGAGCUGGCCACAAGGUGAAUGUAUAUAGCAUGAGAGGCGGGCACUGCCCAGACGUGGCUGUGAACUUGUGCUGUGUUGGGAGUCCUGACCGUCGCGUGCGUGCGUGCCCACAUCUGUGACUUUUCACUCACCGAGGCUGAAGAGAGGAAGCAAGGGGAAAUGGAAAGGGGGUUCCCACCCUGACCUCUGCAGAGGAGAUGGCUCCUGCCACUGUGGUUCGUUCCGUUUCAUUUUCUGAUUUUUGGGUGCCACCUGUCUACCCAAUCCCAGUGAUCCCUCCGCAUCUCCAUGGGGUAAGCAGUCCAGUGCCAGCCGCCUGUGAUUGGUCCCCACUCCCUCUUACCCCAGGGGACCCUAAGCUCUGGUGGGUAACAAGGAGGGCUGAGCCACCAAACCAGACCCAGGUCCCUAGCCAAACCAGGAGGAGGGAUCUGGCUGGCCAAGCAGUGCUGAUAGGGCUGGUGGCCACCACCCCCACAAACACUCUGGUUUAUGUAAGUCCGAGCUACAGUAGCAGAUCCUGGCCCGGAGUGUCCUUCAAACCCUCUGUCUACCCGCCCACCCUGUCGCACUAUGCAAUUCCUGCCCCAGUUCCAAUGCCUGCUCUGCCCAGCACAGGGUGGUUAGCUCCUGGGCCAAAGGUGACCAGGGUCUCUCAUUGGUUUUUAACCACAGUGGUGGUGUGCCACUCCCUUUCUCGUGUAUAUGAUUUUU